CGCUACUUGCAACACUACAACGCUACUGGCAGAAUAGUUUCUAUUUUAUUAGAAGUCUAUACCCGCACUAAACCGGAAACAGCGGUCGCUUUUUCCGGCUGUGUGUGCGAGCAAGCGAGCAGCGUUUGUUACGCACGUGUUCAGUGUGGUCACUCUGUGGUGUGGUGUGAUACCUAAGUUUGUAUGCCUUUGCGCGUAAUAUAAUUUGUGCUGUGUCUUCGCGCUUUUAAGCACUAAUUUUAUUAGGACUAAUCUUCCGCGUGUGCGCAGCAUCAGUAAAGAAAUGGAGCACGAAAAUGGCAAACAGGACGCAGCUUUCGAAGAUAACUCCGACAGCAGCGAUGUUGAGGGACUCGUAAAUGUGAGUGGUGGAAGUGACAAACCGGUAACAAAGGAGUUCAACUUGAUGACCAUCUCUGAACUGGAGGCUUUGUUAAAUGAUCCAAACUCCACGUUGUCUAAACGCUUCCGGAAACGUGUGUGGCGAAGAAUAUACUGGCUGAAAAAGAGACCGGAGAGAAGGGCUUUGGAAAAAGAGAAGAAAAAGCGCAAGCGGGAGGCGUUCAAGUCCAGGAACGGGGAAGCGGCAGUGCACAAGAAGCCCACAAUCACAAAGAUGGAGGAAUCCUUGUGCAAGAUUAAAGUGGCCAUUGACCUCUCCUUUGACAGCUACAUGACUGACAAGGAGAAGGGCAAGUGUCGUAAGCAGGUUCAGCGCUGCUACUCGCUCAACCGCAGAUCUCCAGCUCCUGUGCAGUUUUACCUGACUGGCAUGGCUGGAUCGUUCAAGGAUGGUUCCAUGAACAUGUAUGGUAUUCAGAAGUGGGAUGUGCAUGCAUCAGAUGACAACCAUGUGAGCUGCUUUGGCAAAGAGAAUGUUGUCUACCUGACAAGCGAGUCCAAGAAUGAGCUGCACGAGCUUGAGGAAGGCAAGGCAUAUGUCAUUGGGGGUCUGGUUGACUACAACCGCAAGAAGGGCUUGUGCUACAGACUGGCUAGAGAACAGGGUGUGCAACAUGCUCGGCUGCCCAUAGACAACUGCCUCAUCAUGAAAACGCGCCAAGUGCUCACAAUUGACCAGGUGUUCACUAUCCUGCUUAACAAGACCCAGGGGAUGACUUGGACAGAUGCCUUGUUGGCAGCCAUCCCUCAACGGAAAGGUGCUAAACCAUUGGAUCAGGGACCCGGUUCUUCAUCUUUCUCACACAACAGUGACGACGAUGAGCUGGAGGACUUGGGAGACGACGAUGAGCAGGAGGACUUGGGAGAAGUGUCUUAGUUAUUGAAUUGAUGCAGUUGCAAUGAUGAAAUAUGCACCAUGCAAUGAGAAAAGGUUCCUGGUAGAUGCUGUCAUGCAGUGGUUAUGGCUGGCUCCUGCAUUUUUAGAGGGUACAUAGUAGGGCAAACUUGGAAAAGACUGAUCAGAAAGGUCGGGUGCAAAACUUCAACUGUUUUUUCGAACGAACAAGUCACCAGAUUACAAUUCUCUGUGCAUGAGCGCAUCAAAACCAGUAAACCCUGGUCACACUCGCAUGUCAAGAAGCUCUAGCUCAUUUUGGUAAAGUAAAACAGACGUAUCACUAAUGCAACCUUUGUUAUGUCAGUUUCACUUUACCCAAAUGAGCUGCAGCUUCUUGACAUGCGAGUGUGACCAGGGUUUACUGAUCUUGAUGUGCUCAUGUGCAGAGAGUUGUAAUCUGGUAGUUUGUUUGUUUGAAGAAACAGUUGAAGUUCAAUGCCCAAUCUUUCUGCCCCCAUCUAUUUCCUUCUUUUGUCUGAUCAGUCUUUUCUAAGUUUGUGCUAUUGUGUACUUUCCAGCAACAAGUCUUGCUCAUCCUUUUCUCUUGUCCUCAAUCAUAAAGUUGUAAACUCCAAGUUCAUUCUAUGCUUGUUAUAAUAAAUCUGAGUGAGUUAAUACAUAUUAUGCUGUAGUAGAGCAAUGACCUCUUCGCUCAUUUAUUUGACCUAGGUAAAGAAAUGUACUUUGUGUAGGCUUACUACUAAUUACAGGCAUUUAGCUCUAACAGAAGAAUUUUCAUUUUAAAUAUUUGCAUCAAAACUUCAUUUGGACAAGAAACGGUGGUGCCUUGAAACAUAAUUACAUUAAGAAGCUCAGAUUAAACCAGGCUAUAGAAAUUGAUGUGCUUGGCUUCGGAUUUUUUUUCCUUAUUGUCUUGUGCUUCCACAUUCAGCUGAGCACCUUGUUGUCGGCAGAUUUAAUGACUCUUUGGCAGCGCGGCACUACACAACAAAAAAAAAAAAACGACCUUUCGAAUUUCUGAUAACAGCUAUGGAUGAAUCGGUACGUAAGAUAUACACGUUCGUUAUUUGACGCAAUGUUUGGCAAAUAUUGUUUUAUUUCUAGCGAGUAUAGAAUAAGCUUAAGUUUAAAUGAAGUAAACGAGUAUUGUAACUUUAGCUGCUCAGGCGUAAGCAAUGUGGCCAUUACAUGACAUGGCCCUGGCAACUGUAGCUGUGAACAGAAGGAGAGUGAUUACACUAAAUUAUUUUGUAGUUGAGCACGUUUUGUUGGAUACCAAGAACAUUCUCGGCAACAAAAAGUAUUGCAUAUAAAUACUGGCCUUGUGGCUGUUUAUUUAUUUUCGAGCUUCUGUUACUGAGGCUGCAAAUUUAGACUCAGUGACAUGAGGUCACUGAACAACACGCUCACUUGAGAUUUUAUUAUGCUGUGACAGUCACUGAGCAUUUCUACCCCCACGUGACAGCUUACUAAUGACAUUACUUGUGAAGUGUACUCAUUCAAAAUGAAACUGAAUUUUCUCCGAUGGCAAGAAUAUUACAAUACCUGACUGAAAUGUAGGCAACACUGUCUGCAGCUUUGUUCCAAGCAGGCCUGAAAUUAUGUUUCCACAGAAUUAUUUCUGGGUGAAUUGAAAUGACGUUAUUGUAAUGCUUAUUUGUGAAGGUAGUAACGAUUUUGCACUUCUCCUCGAAGACCAAAGUAAUUAAAGUGUGAUAACAGCAGACUUAUGGGAUUGUGACAUCAAGUUUGAAGUGCACAGCCACAUAACUUCAGACAGCAGCAGACUCGGUUUUGCUUCAUUGUCCCAAGAUUAGGUGUGUGCAAGUCUUAAAAAGCUCUUGUGUCAGAGAAUGUUGUGGCAGUGUGAUGUCCAACAUGUACUGAAAGGAGAUACCUGGAAUGAAUGUGUGGAAAGCACCAGCUCAGUACGGCCAUUAUUAUGUUUUGGGUAACAUAAUUGUUGUUUUAUUUUACAUGAACAAGUGACAUUAACUACUUUUAAGGGGGGACAUGGUGUGUGGAGAUAUUUUCUGUAUUUGUGGACCAAACAUGAUGAAAAUAUACAAGCUUAUGUAGUUUCUCCUGCUGAUUUCAAAUAUGUAAAAAUUUUCAUUGUAGGUUAAUCAAUUUAGAAGCUACACAAUGCUGCCACUCUAUUGCUUUCGAAGACAAUAGAAAGGAAACUGCUUAUCAAAAAGUAAAUAUUAUUGCAUAGCUAGACAGUGCAAUUAGCAAUAAGUGCAAUGCCGUAAGCAGAUUUCAUAUUAAAUAAAAACUUGCGAUUCUACAGAUGAUGAAAGUUGAGAAGUCAUACCAUGGCUAUCGCACACAAAGAAAUUUAAUACCUUCUAAAUUUAUAUGGGCAGCAAAUGGAAAUUCUGCUAUCAGCACUUUGUAAUACACAGAUUGGGCUUUACAUUAAUGAAAAAAUUAUUGCUCUACCUGUUCUAGAUUGCAAAAUAUUGUUAGGGGAGGGUACACAGAGAA